GCCCUAAACCUCUUUCCCUCUUCCCUCUUCCACGCCCCCCCCCCCCACCGCACUCGAUCCGGAAAAGAUUCACCCUUUCGCAACCUACCACCUCGGAGGCAGCAGCAGAUGACCACAUCUUGUUAGCUCAAGAACUGUCACUCCGGAGGCCCACGGUUAGGCUCUCGCUAUCUUUCACCUCCAUCUCAAAACAUCCCACAGCUCGUCCAUGAAGGUACGUGUGUGUCCAAGAUCCCUUUGUCCUUCGCUCCCCCAUGCCGCUUUUUGUGUCCCCCCGCUGGGGGAAAAAUUUAAAAGGGAAAUCUUGCUCCAUCUUGCUUCCGCUGUCGUGAUUGGUUUAUGGGACGUGAUGAGAAGCUUACUCGUCCCGCAAUUUAUAGGCUACAUCACGGGCACGCGAUUCCAGAGGCGUCCCCUCUAGCCAUGAAACCCGGUUAUCCAUUGACCCUGAUCAUCAUGUUACGGAAGCUAUAGGUGAUAUGUACGGCGAGUACAUAGACGAGGAUGGCCGACGGCAAAGUUUUGUUCUCCCACCCGACUCCUACUCCAACACCGGAGCCUCACGAAACAGACAUAGUUCCAUGAUUUCGUCAUCGACCGCCGCCGCUUCCCCCGCCCUAUCGUCUAAAGACUGGGGCAAUGGUAAACCCAGAAGCAAUGAACGUGCUCCCCCCAGCUCGCCAACCCUAUCCAUCCGAUCACCGUCAUCCUCCAUCGGUGACACCGCUAACAAACCCUUUCCACUGAACGACAUUGACUACGAAUCUGAUCCUGUUGCCGUGGCUCAGGAGAUAAGUAACCUGCAGGCUCUCCGACGGAUGUCUAUGGAUGUUACUUCGUCGGCGGAUCCCGAUUUGCCGUCUUUUAACACCUUUGUUCCCUCGACGCCCCCUGAAGACGGUGGUGAUCCCGGGAGUGUGUUCUGGGUACCGGCGAGCUUGCACCCGGAGUUGGCUCCUAAGGAGUUUAGUGCCUACCUAGAGGCUAAGAAGAAUGAGAUCCGGAGGCCGCAACGGGAUGGGUCUUUAUCGCCGGAUGGACCCGGUUUUGGUAGCCCCUCGCUGCGGAGGAAGAAGUCCAUGUUAUCGAGGCAGAUUGAUCGCUCGGAGGGUGUUAGGGGAUACCGGGAUGGUGCUGAGAGGCUGGGGAGACGGGAGUCGGACAGGGAAGGGCCGAGUGUGCAACUGGAGGACUUGAUGAGUGAUCCCAGUAGCCUUAUGCGAAAGCUCAGCGUAGAAAGGAGGAAUGAAGAAGGUAAGGAAACCGGGGGAGCGAACGAGUUCUCUUUGUAUUGAAUGCUUGCAGUGGAGGUGGAGCGGUUUCUAAUCACAUUGAUUGUAGGGGGGGACAUGCCAAUUCUGAAUGCUGCACCUGGGGGGGCGGCUCUUAGGAGAUCGACUAGGACGACUUACAGGAGGGCAAGUUUGCGGAAGGGGGAAAGAGUUCCUUAUUCUAAGAGGGCUGCUAGAUCGUCGGAGACGGAUGCGGAGGAUAGCUCUCCGGCAUCUUCGCCAAUAGUUCCCAGGGGUGGAUUCCGGCUGGAGCGGGUAUCAACUGAGCCGAUACCCUUGCCGGCUGCCCAUAAGGAUGAACCAGGUGAUUACUCAAGACGUCCUUCUCAGAGGGGAUCUGCUGCGAAGGCUGGUGGUUUGUCUGUUUCUGUUGGUGACCUUGUCAAAUCGUCGGAAAAACGUAAAUCUGUGCCUGCUAAGCAGAGGAGGGCAUCAUCUCCUAAGGGUUCAUCAAGGUCUCGGCAGAGUGAGCCUAUACCCCCGGUUCCCGUAAUCGUUGAAACCCCGCCACCAGAGCAACCUCAGAAAUUGAUUAUUCCUGAACGGCAUUCAUCAUUUGAUCCUCCACCCCAACUGGCCUCCCAGCAAGUGCCGCAGGCACUCAAGCAGGCGAAACCCCAACGACCUGCGUUACAGAGGACUCAAGCCUCGGAAGUUGUCACUGAGGUGGUGUCGUCACCUACUGCACCACCUAACAGAGGCCCUGAACAACCAACACCGCUCUUAGACCCCGGGAAGGCUGAUGGGAAGGAGAGAAAGAGACCUGAUUCAGCGGGUAGUAAUGAUGGGAGCACAGGGCGCAAGUCAAGCUGGGGAUGGUUGCUUGGGGAUUCAGCAGACAGAACAAAAGAGAAGGAGAAGGACCACCACCACCACCACCACCACCACCACCACCAUGAAAAGAAGGAUAAGGAAGAGAAGACCAAAGUGAAGAAGGAGAAGCGCCCGAAAUCAGCUGAUAAGCAUGAUAACACUCGAUUGGAUCUGCUGCAGAAGUCUAUCGAUUUGGGUAAUACAGGGAAAGUCAUUACCAGUGAUACCAAUGGGGCCAAGACGGAUGAGAAGGAAGCUAGGAAAUCCCGGAGUGAGGAUAAGAAAGAGAAGGAGGGAUUGUUCUCCUUCUUUGGGGGCUCAAGGAAGAAGUCUGGUAGUGAUGGUGCUCAGAAGGCCAAGGGUAGUAGCUCUAGGGGGGUCUCCCCGGAUCCGGCGCAGCACCAACCACAACAGACAUAUUACUAUACUCGUUUCCCGAUCCAUAUUGAGCGCGCCAUCUAUCGUCUCUCGCAUUUAAAACUCGCCAACCCAAGGAGGCCUCUACAACAACAGGUGCUACUCAGCAACUUUAUGUAUUCCUACCUCGCAAAGGUGCAGCAAACACAACCGCAUCUGGUCCAGCAGGCAACCAUUAGCCAGCCGUCAAGGGAACAGCUAAAGCAACAGCAGCAACAGUCAGAGCAACAGGGUGGCCAGUAUUACCAAUAUGAUAAUGUACGUUCUGGACAGUAGAAAAAGGGCCUAGUAUGGAAACAUGUGACUGACAUUCUUUGCUUUUGUGAUUUUUUUUCUUUAUUUUUUUUUUAGGGCUCUAACGAAUCUGACUACGUCGAUGAUUCCCAAAUGUACGAUGACGAGGCCGGCGACACGGACAGACCGCAAUCCCGCGCAGCGCAAUACACAUCCAAACAUCCACCGGAGGAUGGAAACGGCUACUACGACCAGCAGCCAGAACCCCGACGCGAGUGGGAGCGUGAUAGAGACAGGGACGGGAGCAAGUCAUCAAAAUCACGAAGCGCGAAGCCAGCAUCACACGAACCGAGGCCUACGAGCGACGACAUGUGGUAAUGACCUUGUCUUUUGUGAUUUUCUCUACUUCUUAGUGUUUCUUUACAUUCUUCAUGUGCAAAUAACCGGUCAAUCGCAUUGUUGGGGAAAUCUGGACUUUUCUUUUUCUUUUCUUUUCUUUUCUUCAUUUUACAUCUCAAUUACCUGUCGUUUGCUGUAGUCUCUUUUCUUGCGGUGUCCUUGAAUAUGUUCUGGCGAGUGAUAAUUGGUGUAUCGAGAUGGUGAUUCAUGGGAACUGAUGAUACGGACUGGUCGGUUGGUGGGGUGGGAGGCUGGGUAUCGGGCUAUAUGGCGGUGUGGUCUGGCUUAGCUGAAUAUAUUAAUUCGAUCCGUGAAAUGGCUUUUUAUUUUAUUUCAUUUGGGCGGUUUUUCUUCUGUUCUUUGCACAUUUGCUCUAUUUUUUUCCUUUUUUUAUGAAGGAGUUUGGCUUUCUCUAUAAUGCUCUGCUUUGUAGAUUCCCCAUAUGUGAUGCUGGAUUUUGUUUAUUGGUUUGAAGGAAAUGUGCUGGUGGAUAGGAAUUUCAUUUUGGAGCUUCCGCCAGCAUUAGAGGUGUGCUACUGCUACUAUUUUAUAUAAUAUCUCGUGCUGUAUCUCUCGGGUUGGAAAGAAAUAUGAUUUAAGGCCCUUGUUUAUAUUUGUGUGCUGUUGAUUGCCGAUGAUUGUGGGGGAGGUAUUUGAGGAAAUUUCAGAAACGUAGCUAUUGUAGCUAUGACGCACGGGCUCGUGUAUUGCCGAACGAAUGAAUGGAUGCGCUGGGUAUAUGAUAUGAUGUGAACACGUCUUGAUGGGAGUGUCUGGCAUCGUGGAAGUGAAGAGUGGUCUACAGUAAAUGAGGUAUCAUAAUUAUGUCAGUGUGCCUUUGUAUAUUGAGUUUCGGGGAGCCUAUUACUAUCAGAUUCAUAAUAUAAGGGUUCUAACAUACUGUAAGUAAGAAAAUAUUAAGCUAAAGUAGCUAGAAAUUCUGAUGGACCUGUUAAAUUUAUUUUAGAAUAAUUGCAAUCUUGAUAUAAAUUCUGUUCAAAUGUGUAUGGUACAGCACUAUCUUAAUAACUUUGUACAAAAAUACGACGUGGUAGAAAGAGUAUGCCAUGGGUACGUUAAGCGAGGAGGAGUUUGGUAUGAAGGUAGAUUGGUAGUACUUCUUGUCCUUAAUCUCUUUAAGUAAGAUGGAUGAUAACGCCUAUUUAUACAGGUGUGCAUCCUUCAAGUGACCAAGAGAAAAUAUAAGGGAAAACAUAAGUGUUGACAUGUUUGACUGUAACAUAAGUAGGAAAACAUAAGUGUGAACGUGUUUGACCCUGAGGAUCUGCCAAGGAAAUCCCAUAAAUCAUGCGUAUAACUAAAGUAGUAUGAGCGGAUAAACUGUAAGAAACAAACCUGAAUACUAGAUAAGAAAGCAUACAAUAAUCCCCUAAUCAUAUCAUGAAAUAUCAAAUGAAAUAUACGUAAUACAUACUCCAGUUGUAGUAAUGUUCAUAAUAUAGAAAUAAUACUAAGUAGAGAAAUAUACGAUAUUAUCAAGGAGAAUAUACAUAUGAAAUGAAUUAGGAAAUUCAACAAAUUCCUUUCUGAGAAAUAUGAUAGUAGGAGUAUUAAAAAUACUGCAAUUGCCUUUAACUUGUAAUAUUAACAGUGGUUU